GGCUUCAAGACCCAACAUGGCGGCCACCUGGUGCUUGAGAUGGACCUUGAGCAGAGUCGGAGCCCGGCUGCUUCGGCUGCCCGCACGCUGCCCUCGCCGGGCUGUGCACAAACAAGUAGACGGCACCGAGUUCCAGAGCAUCUAUAGUCUGGACAAGCUCUACCCGGAGUCCAAGGGCUCGGACACCGCCUGGAAGAUCCCGGAUGAUGCAAAACAAGCCAGCAAUGACAUCCCUCUAGAUCGCUUGAUGAUAUCUUAUUGUCGGAGUAGUGGUCCUGGUGGACAGAAUGUUAACAAAGUGAAUUCAAAGGCUGAAGUCAGGUUCCAUUUGGCAACCGCCGACUGGAUUGCAGAGCCCGUGCGGCAGAAGAUUGCCCUCAUGCAUAAAAAUAAGAUCAACAAGUCAGGAGAGUUGAUUCUCACCUCUGAAAGCAGCCGCUACCAGUUCCGGAAUCUGGCAGAUUGCUUACAGAAAAUUCGGGACAUGAUUGCUGAGGCCAGUCAGGUGCCCAAGGAGCCAUCCAAAGAAGAUGCUCGGCUAUACAGGCUCAGGAUAGAAAACAUGAAUCGGGAAAGGCUGAGACAGAAGAGAAUAAAUUCUGCUAUAAAGACAAGCAGGAGGGUGGAUAUGGACUGAAAUCACCCUAUGCGGCUGGCAAGGACCACAGUUCAGGGCAUCAUGGUGGAGCCGAAACAUAACACCAUGAGAUUUCUUUUUCAUUUUUAUUUUUGCUGUUUAUGCUUGUCUAUAACAUAGGAACCUUCCCAAAAAUAUUCAUUUGGAAUGAAUGCUGCAGGUCUUCAUAGGUGACCACCAUAUUGUCAAAUCAGAGUUAUCCAUUGAAUGUAUUGUUUUAUGCAGUAAACUUCUAAGCACAAUAGA